AUGAUCGGAUUACGAUCAUUCACUUUCACUUCGAAUUGUUGUAUCAGCACGAGUGGUAGGCGCAGUUCCCGAGUUUCCGUCAACCUUAUGUUCUACUUGAACCCAAAUUGGACUGUUUUCGAGAAAUACACUCAUUUGCAAAUCAAUUUGGUUUUCACGACAGACUCAACUGAAUCUCUCGUUUAUGAUUUAGCAGACAACGUAUCCGCUAACAUGGAGGAACACGGGAUGCUCCGUUGUAAAUUUAUGGGACAAGCCAAUAUUCCGUUGCGGCUAACCCAGCGCUACGCAUUCGAACUAGGCUGGGACUUGAGUAUGGUCGCUAUUCUCAUGGAAGCCGAACGGGAGCAUCGUUUGAGGGAGGCCGGAAGACCCGUGGUAAGUCACGUGCAUAGCCAUGCAAUCGAACGUCCGCUAAGCCAAUCACUGAUGCCAAGGGGCAAAUUGCUUCGGUAUCCUGGCUUACUCUUAUAUCUGCUGUUUCGUCAAUCUGUGGUAUCUGCUGCUGACUCGCUCCAGUGCCUAAUGCCGGGGAAAAAAGACCCACAUAAGGGAACACAACCGCUAUAUUCCGAACGAACGAGUGCGAGAGCAAGAGUAUCCUUUAUCGAUGAUAUUCAAUCACAACGGUACUUGAACUGUGAUGGGAUCAAAACAGGUUCAAUCGAAGACUUUCUCAUUGGUAUUGGUCUUCCCAUGUACAUCGAUCGCGUGAAACGCAUGAGCGGUAGCCUUUCCAAGUCAUCCCAACUGGAACAGUCAAUUACUCCAGUGCAACUUUUGAAGAUGUCCGACACGGAACUAAUCAACGAAAUAGGAUUCACCAAAGGUCACCUGGACUGGCUUCGCCGAGAAUCAUCUGUGAUCCCCUCAGUUCUACUAUCUCAACUCAGAUCUGGCUCCCAUACACAUCAUAAGACGGGCCCAUACAUUAAUAGUCUAACAAGGGAACAUAAAAACACCAUCCAGAGACAUUCCAGCCGACAUGCACAGAGACACCAGCAUUUGCCACAGCAACGACAUAAUCAACAACAGAGACAAGGUUCACAAAGUCGCGAGAUGAGGAAGGACCACUUUUAA